AUGUCUCAAGAUAAUUCCACAAAUUCCAAUAACCGUUUCUCAGCACUUUUCACUUCAUUUCUGCAACCACAUAAAUAUAAUGGAACGCCACCACCGCCAUAUCAGUCUGUGUCUCCAUCCUCUCCAAUGCCCCGUUAUAGUGGCGACACCAAUGAACCUAGAGACGACGACAGAAUUAUCAUUGAUGAGAAUCAAAGCAUCAAUGAACACGCAUUAUUGACUGAUAGUGAGCCAGCUAUUAGCGUAAGCCUCACCUCAACAUAUAAAAUGGUACCUAAUACGGGGUCUCAAGAGCUAUUAUGUAUGACUUCACUUGUAACGAGUGAUUAUGUUCCAGACAAUGCAAAAGAUACCAGUUCGCAUGCCGAUAUUGUUCUGGUAUUAGAUGUUAGUUCUUCGAUGUCUGGGGAUAAAAUUAAUCUUCUUAAAGAAAGUUUGAGUUUUAUCGUCAGUGAGCUUUCACCAAAAGAUCGUUUGUGUUUGGUAACUUUUAAUACUUAUGCAAAACGUAUCACUCCAUUAUUAUUGGUUAAUGAAGACAAUAAAAGUAAAUUUUAUCAAGCCAUUCGAGAUUUGAGAGCUAAUGGUGGUACUAAUAUUGGAAAUGGUCUUAAGCUAGGUUUGGAUGUCUUAACUCAGAGGACAACAAAGAAUCCUAUUACAGGGAUGAUUUUACUUUCUGAUGGUAUGGAUAAUAAAGAACAGUCUUAUGAAUAUUUAUAUGAAAGAGCUCGUGAGGCUGAUUUUGGUUAUGGAUCUGAUCAUGAUGCAAGAAAACUCCAUAAUAUUUCUGUAAAAACGGAAGGAACAUUCACUUAUAUUUACGAAUUCGAACAAAUUAAACAAUGUUUUGCAGGUUGCCUUGGUGGUCUUGUAAGCAUUUCAUGCUGUGAUGUAAAAAUACAUCUACGAGUUCCUGAAACAAUUCAAAACGUUAAAAUAGCUGAAGUACUUAGUAAAUACGAUAAUACGAUCAGUGAUAAUAUGCUUAGUGCACAGAUUAAUAUUCAUAACUUGUAUGCUGGGGAAAAGAAAGAUUUAUUAUUCAUGGUCAAAAUUCUUCCUACGGAAACUAAUAAUGAUUCAGAAACAAUUGAACUUAAAAUAAUUGAUGUUGAUGUCAAUUACUUUGAUAUUCAUAGAGGAUCCAGAGUAAACCGUCUUGAAUCUCCCUCAUCUCUAAAGAUAUUACACACUACGUCAGAAAUAGAUCCAUCUGACAAUCCUAUCAAUUCUCGAGUAAUUCAACAAAAAUACCGUCAUCUUACUUCAAAAACAAUUUUGGAGGCUUCUAAUUUUGCUGAACAAGGCAAUUUUACCAGAGCACAAUCAAUUAUUAAUAAUUUGAAACAAGAGAUUAUGCUUCAUCGUAAUGAAGCCCCCGAAUUUUACGAUGCAUUAAUAGAAGAUCUAAGCAUGAUUGCCAGACAACAAAGUAAUGCAUAUGUUUAUCAAUCCGGUGGAAGAGCUCAUUCUCUACAGCAAACUUCGGCACAUCAAAAUCAACGUUCUUGGGCGUCACGGACUAGCUCUGAAGCUGCUUAUCAGUCUCAUAUGGCUCAAAUAUAUUCGGCAAGAAGUGCUGCUUAUGACGAUUAA